AUGGAAACCACCGGCUACACACACCUCACGCCAUCACCGGGUGCUACUGGACAAAAGACUGCGAUUGAUGGCAUAGAUACAUAGCUUAUUUCAUCCUGUCGGUGCACCUUCCACCCCUUCCCCCUCUUGUACAACCAAACGAGGAAGUAUACAUCGGCUCACUACCCAGUACACACAGCAGCAUGGUUGAACAGGUACGAAGCGUGGGCAAUCCCGUUGAGAUCGGGUACGCCGACGCAAAGACUCUGCCAUGGAAGUCUGUCGACGCAGCGAUGGAUCGGCCUAGGCCAUUCAAGGUCAUCUGCAUUGGUGCGGGUGUCUCUGGCAUCUAUGCUGGCAUCCGGAUCACCAAGACGAUGGCAAAUGUCGACCUGAAGAUCUUUGACAAGAAUCCUGACUUCGGCGGAACAUGGUUCGAGAACCGCUAUCUGGGCUGCGCUUGUGACAUUCCCGCGCAUUGCUAUCAGCUCUCCUUUGAGCCAAACCCUAAUUGGUCUUCCUUCUAUGCGCCGGCGCGCGAGAUCGGAGCAUACUGGAAGGGGGUGGCGCUCAAGUACGGCCUCGACGGACACACUCAAUUCAACAAGAUGGUCUCGCACUCUAAAUGGGACGAAAACGCGGGCGAGUGGAUUGUAGAGGUGACUGAUGUCGAGACGAAAGAAGUCGAGGUGCACCGCGCCAAUGUCGUCAUCCAGGGUGUUGGCGGCCUCAACAACUGGAAAUGGCCCGACGUCGAAGGAAUCACGAGCUUCAAAGGACAUCUGGUCCACUCGGCUGCGUGGGAUCAAAAGUAUGACUUCAAGGACAAGCGUGUCGCCCUUAUUGGCUCCGGGUCAACGGCCAUCCAGAUCCUUCCUCAGUUGGCUGGCCAUGCCAAGCACGUCGAUCAGUACGUGCGAAGCGCCACCUGGAUCGGAUUCCCAUUCGCGGGCGAGGAGACCAAGGCAGGCCUCCCAGGCGCCGACAAGGAGCGGUAUUCUGACGAAGAACAACAGCGAUUCCAAAGCGACCCCAAAGCCUUGGCCGAAUACAGGCACCGGCUGAUGACAAAUCUCAACAGCAUCCACUCUGUCACGAUGCAGGAGAGCGAGCUGCAGAAGGGCGCCCAGGCCACCUUCUGGAACAACAUGCAGGCCAAGCUAGAGGCCAAGCCACACAUUGCAAAGUUCCUCAAGCCGAACUUCCCCGUUGGCUGCCGCCGUCUCACGCCUGGACCAGGCUACCUUGAGUCCUUGAAUGGCGACGACGUGGGCUUUGUCACGGACGAAAUCGCCCGCAUCGACGAGAGCGGCAUCGUCGAUAAGAAGGGAGCACAUCGCGAGUACGAUGCGAUCGUCUGUGCUACCGGGUUCGACACUACCUAUCAGCCACGAUUCCCCAUCCUUGGUCGAGAGGGCUCCAACCUUCACAAGAAAUGGUCUCAAUUCCCCGAAACGUACUGCAGCGUCGCUGUCGAUGGUUUCCCGAACUACUUUAUCGUCAACGGGCCAAAUUCGGCCGCCGGCUCGGGUGAUUUGGUGGUUUUGCUGCAGACCGAGGUCGACUACGCGGUUCAGUGUCUUCAGAAGCUCCAGCUCGAGGGCUACAAGUCGCUCGAGGUCAAGCGCGAAGCCGUCGAGGAGUUUCAAGAAUAUGCUCAAACCUACUUUAAGAAGACGGUCUUUGGAACAAAGUGCCGCACUUGGUACAAGUCUGGCCGCUCAGAGGGUCCGGUGACUGCGCUGUGGCCCGGCUCGAUUCUUCACGGAGUAAAGACGCUGCUGCGACCUCGCUGGGAAGACUACAAGCUGGAACCGCUGCCAGAGUCAAGGAGAAACCGGUUCCAGUAUCUCGGCAAUGGCUACACCGUCGCCGAAGAGGAUGGCUUGGACACGGCGUGGUAUGUCAUGGAGCCCAACUCGGAGCUGGUGGCCCGCAACGGUCAGGCAGCUACCGCUCUCAUGUUGCGCGGACAGGAAAGGGCCGAACAGACAAAUGGACACCAUUGCAACGGCCAUUGA